UAGAGCUGUUUGUUCCAUUUAUUGGGGCAACAGCUAAUGAAAAAAUGUCGAAACAGUUAAGCAGCUAAAAGUCGCCUGCUACAAAAUUCUAAUUUGCAACAAUUUGGCAACAAAAUUUGGCAAGAUCCAAAAGUAAAAACAAAAAGCCAAAAUUCUAAAUUUGGAGGUGUAAACAAAAAUUAGGAAAUUAUCAUAAAUUACCCGUUGGAAUGCUUCGCUUGCCAGGAAUGCCACUGCUGCCAGGUGCACAGUUCUACGAUCAUAGCAAACGUCGUCAUCCGCGUCGUCAGACCUUGAUGCACUACCAGGGCAUACACAUGCUGUCGGAUCGGCGUGAACCGGAGCUGGUGGAGCCAAAUGGGCCGCUGGUGGACCCUAAGUGUCCUCCGGCCAGCACGGAGCUGAAUUUGCUGUGUCCACCUCGGAUGACGACCAAGCUGCCACCUUGGCUAGCUUACGAUAAGCAGGUGUUGUGCUUCAAUGCGUACUUUAAGGAGCCGCUCACCGAGAUCUACCAUGCGCCCUAUCAGGUGCGCAAGGUCAAAAUCUACUUUUACCUGGAGGAUGGCACCAUGCAAGUCACUGAGCCCAAGGUGGAGAACUCUGGCAUACCGCAAGGCUGCCUGGUGCAUCGACAGCGCAUACCCAAAGGACCGGCCAGCGAGCACGAGUUCAUCUCCAUAUUCGAUCUCAAUGUGGACACUAACGUCCAGAUCUUCGACCGACUCUAUCACAUAAGCGGCUGCGAUAUCUUCACCCGACAGUUUCUCAGUCGCGCCGGCAUUGCCGUGCCCGUUGCGCUGACGGAGCCCAAUGAUCCCACCACGGAGCUGCGCAAACGCUCCGCUGUAAAGCAAACGCCUCGUCCAGCAACGAGCGCCGUGCCCAAGCGGCAUGCAUUUGCCCAGUUCCUGGAAUUCGAUCGACGCGUGCUCAAGUUUCAGGGCUACUGGAACGAUCGCUCGGAGUUCGGCGAUGUGCGCCAACUGAACAUCUGUUACUAUCUAGCCGACGACACCAUAGACAUUAAAGAGAAAUUCCCACGCAAUUCCGGCCGUGAGGGAACCAGCACCUUCCUAAAGCGUGGCAAGCUGCCCAAGGAAUUCACGGGUCUCUCGCUGCCGGGCCAGCAGACAGCGGUGACAUUGCUGAAUGUUCUCGGCUCCAACAUGCGCGACGUACGCUACGUCGCAGAUCCAUUGAACACUGGCCAGAAGCAGACGACCUACUACACCGAUCAGGAUUUGCGAAUUGGCGCCGUGCUGAAUGUCUUUGGACGCGACGUGGUGCUCACCAGCUGCGAUCAGUUCACCCAGCACUAUUACCGAGAGAAGCAUGGCAUUCAGGACUUUACACCUCAACCACUGCCGGAAUGCAGUGACGAGCGUGUUCAGGGCCAGGGCAAGACGCGUCGUCUGCCGCCUUAUAAUGGCUGGGGCAGCUAUGAGGAUUCCGAGGGCAACUGCAUUACCGUAGAGCCCAAGGCGCCGCAGGCUGACUUUAAGAAGCUGAUGAAGUACGAUGGAUGCAUUCUGCGCUUCGGUGCAAAAAUGAUCUCCAUUAUACGGGAGAACUGCGAGCGCAGCUUUGUGAUUAGCUAUUAUCUAGCGGAUGACACAAUCCAAAUUUAUGAGGUUGCCCGACGCAAUUCCGGCUUCCUGGGUGGGGAGUUUCUGAAGCGCGCGCGUGUGGCGCUGCCUGGUCAGGAGAAGUUCAGCUCAGCCAGACCGGAAUACUAUCAUGCCAAGGAUUUCUACAUCGGUGCCCGAUUAAGCCUCAAGGAUCACAUCUUUUACAUCAAUUCAGCAGAUGAGUUCACGCUACUCUACAUGGAACAGCAUGCCAAUGAGUUUCCUGUGGCGGACAUACGCGCGAUUAUGCAAAAGAUUCGCGAUGCAGUGCGUCCGCAGUACAAACAGUUUGUGCUGCGCUGCCAACCGAAUGCUGAUCUGCGCGAUGGCACCUCCGUUAGCUUUGACACGCUGAAGUCCACGCUGCUCGCCUUCCUGCCUAAGGAAACGCUGCUGAACCAUGAGAUAAUCACCGUGUGUCGCUUCUUCUCUUCGGAGCAGAUGCCGCCGACCACUUGCGACCGUAAUCACGUGCGCGCCGCUGCACAGCUGGAGCUUAAGCGCGCGCUGUGGAACAACGUGGAUGAGCUUGUCGAGCACUUGAGCCACAUAAAUCCCACAUGCAAGCCGUACAUAACGGAGGCACAAGUGAGAUCCACGCUGCGCGGCUGUCGACUGCCCUUUAGCCUGGAGCUUGUGGAGGAUAUACUUCAGGUGCUGCAGCGCAAUGAGCAGGGCGAGAUUGAGAUGCGCGAUGUGCUCACUUUUUUCAACAUGACUGCCGACCAGGUGCCCGACAUAGCACCACUUAACAUAGCCUUCGAGCUGUGUCCAAAACUUCCCUUUCUACACAAAGGUCGCUUGGUGGACUUCAAUUGGUUUUUAUACUAUCUGGGACUGGAGGAGGAGAUGGUGCGUGCCAAUCGUUGAGAUUGAUAUAGGUUGUAGUGUCUCAUUAAUAUUAAAUUCAAGAAGCUAUUAAUACGAGU